GGGAAUAGUAGUUUUCUGAGGUUUCUCCUGGUGGCGGGGCAGCUCUCGGCGUUUUGGGGGGGCUCCGGGCCGAGGUGAUCCUGACUGUGCCAGGAGGGCGCAUCUGGGGCAGACAUCCUCGAGACCGCUCGUGCUGAGGGCGGCUGGAGCGAACGCCGGCGACCGCAUAUGUGGUCAGCACUCAGCUCUCCUUUGGCAGGAAAACUAAGAAAGGAAAUGGCUGUGGAUUUGCUGGCUGCACGAGGGGCAGAGCCUGUGACGUUCAGGGAUGUGGCCGUGUUCUUCAGCCAGGAGGAGUGGUUGCAUCUGGACUCUGCGCAGAGAAGCCUGUACCGGGAGGUGAUGCUGGAGAACUACAGCAGCCUGGCCUCACUGGCAGGGAUCCAGGCUUCAGUACCUCGGGUGAUUGGCAAACUGCAGAAAGGACAAGAUCCCUGCAUGGAAAGAGAAGACCCUGAAGACAUCUGCCUCGAUUUACAGAUCUGGCCAGAUAUGGAAGCAUUGCCUCCAAACAAGACAUUUUUAUUGAAGAACCAUCUCAUGGGCUAAUAAAGCAUGAGUCCACUGA